AAUUAUACCWCGUGUAGGUCUGUGCUCUAGUAUUUCUAAAAUGGUUCGUGGAGGUCCUGCMGAUCGUGCUGUAAAAAGAGCGAAAAUCUUCGCCCUUGCAAAGGGCUUUAGAGGUCGCUCGAAAAACUGCUAUAGUCUUGCUGUAAGACGAGUACAGAAAGCUUUGCAAUAUCAAUAUGCAAGCAGACGUCUUAAAAAGAGAGAUAUGCGAUCAUUAUGGCAAACAAGAAUAAACAUUGCUAGCCGAGAGCACAAUUUAAACUAUUCAACAUUUAUGUUUGAAAUGRCAAGAUGCAAUAUACAGCUAAAUAGAAAGAUGUUAUCAGAAYUAGCAAUUCAUGAGCCCAAGACAUUCAAGAGUCUGACAGAUAUUGCCAAGCGACGUCUUGAAGAUGGUCUUUUGGCAGCUAUUCGAUGAUAUACUUCCGUGUGUUUAUUUAGUGUAUAUGUGUAUUUAUAAUUAUUCUUUACAAAUUUGUUUGUAUACCAAGACAUCAUGAGAUAUUCAUAAAAAAAAUCGUAAUUUAA